AGAAAACACAACCGGAUGUUACGACUCUUCUUCGGUGCGUUCGUUUUAUAAACCAACGUCGAGCUGCUGUGGACUCUUGACAGCUCGUUUAAUAACGCCCGUUUUCUUUACGCCGGGAAACAAAACAAGCGCACUCUCUGCUUACGUCCGUUCUUGCUACAAGAGUGAAGGACAUGAGAAAAGUCAAUACCUGUUCUAGCCUGAAAACAGCAGUUUGUUUUCUUGCCGCAUUGAAGACUGUAGACUGACACUGUAGACUUAUGUCUGUAUGUUAGCCAGGAUGUUUAAUAGGAGAAAUAACAUUAAAUAUGUACUGAGCCUUGUCCCGGGUAAACAACGUCUUGGGACGUACAGGUUUCUUCCCGUCUUCUUUUGCAUCGGAGGCGUCAUGGAGUGGAUCAUGAUCAACGUGAGGAUAGGAAGGGAGACUUUCUAUGAUGUCUACCGAAGAAAACGAUCAGAGCGGGAGUACAUGCAGAAGAUAGCCGAUGGUGUGAUAGUUGUCGAAGAGCCUGCAGCCAAGUGAAGGAAGGUCGGAUUUAAUGUGGACUUCACGUGUGUCCUCUAAGGACACAUCCUUGGACCCAUGCUCCUUUACUUGUUUCCAACCGGCUGGAAUGGACUUCAUAGUAUGUUACAACAACUGUAUCACAGUUAUGAAGGAGUAAAGAGUGAAAAGCUGAUGGAGAAACAUGCACAUUUAUUGUUAAUAUGAUUUUUAGCUAAAAAAGAAAAUCCAAAGAAAUAAUG